AUGCAAGGAGACGGAGCUGUAAUUCAGGGUGGUUAUGUCUUUGAUUAUGAUUACUACAGGGAUGAUUUCUACAAUCGGUUGUUUGAUUAUCAUGGACGUGUCCCCCCACCACCUCGUGCAGUGAUACCACUGAAGCGUCCUCGUGUGGCUGUGACAACAACUCGCAGAGGCAAAGGGGUUUUCUCCAUGAAAGGAACAUCACGAUCCACCUCAAGUGGGACUUCUUCCUCAGGAUCCAAAUCACCCACCUGUCUUCCCCUGCCCCUUAUGUGGAGUGAUACUGCCCUUGGAAGCGUCACUGGAAGAGGAAGAGAAAGAUCAGUGAAAUCAGAUGAGUUGCAAACAAUCAAGAAGGAAUUAACCCAAAUCAAAACAAAAAUUGACUCCUUGCUAGGGAGACUGGAAAAGAUUGAAAAACAGCAAAAAGCUGAAGCAGAAGCUCAAAAGAAACAAAUGGAAGAUAAUGCUGAUUUGGUUCAAGAAGAAUGCAUAUCAGAGAAUGCAGAUAACUCUACAGAAGAUCCAAUUGAAGGAGGGCCAGAUGGAGAUGGGGAUGGAGAAGAGAUGACUGAUGGGAUAGAGGAGGAUUUUGAUGAGGAUGGCAGCAAUGAGCUGUUUCUACAGAUCAAGUGAUGAGAUGCCAUGUGUGAAUCCCCUGAAGGCUGAGAAGAGAAACUCUGACUUCCCCACAGAAAAUUGUGAACUGCAGUUUCUUACUGGCUUGUAACACCUUUGAUUCAAUUUGUAUGAAAAUUAAAUUUACUUAUUAAAAUGGACAUUAAUGUUCAAAUAUUAGAAAUUCCAUUUCUUAUAUGUUCUAAGCUGUACAAUUGUCAGAUUUUUAUGGUUUAGAUUGUAAAUGUGUUUUUCUCUGGCUAAUUAUUGGUAUUAUUUUUUUAAUUUUGAUGUCUUAAAAGCCAACGUACUGUAUCAUAAUAUUAUGAAGGACAUAUUUAACAGAUGUGGGAAACACUGUAUACAAAUGUAUAUUUCUAAAAGCUAUUUUUAUGAUUAGCAUGUUUUACCCUAUUUAGAGUCAGGUGUUAUUGCACUUCCUUGUUUACAGCUUAAUUCAAACAAGAUCAUUAUGAUUAGUGACACACUUAAAAACAUUGUAUGGUAUUUUCCAUGUUUUAUUUAUUGUAUUUGUCAUCUAAAAUAACUAUGUUUACUAACAGGGUUAGCUGCUAAAAAGUAAAAAUGUCAAAAUAUGAAGGCAAUCUUUGAUAAAAUGUAAAUUGGAUCCUUUUGUUAAUCCCUUUCUUCAGAUGAGUGCUCUGUGAUGCCAUGCACUAUGCAGUUGUUGCAGCAGUAUCUGCACGUCUCUAAAGGCAGUUUCUUGCUGCCAUAUGGAAAGUUUACAUGACAGUCUCCUCCCUAGUCAGGUAAAUUAGCUAUGCUGCCAAUAUUCGAGAACCUGAGUUGGCUUACUGAUUACUUCUUUGUUUCAUUUCCUGGCAGCAGUCUGUCCACUCCCAGACCCCAAAAGCCUUCCUAAAAGCCUGAAGUUGGAAUAAUUAUUACAGGUGUCCUAGGGGUAAUGUCAGCGUAGAAUUCCUUAAUAAAUCAUAUUUCCUUUCAAAUAGAAUGGAUAUAUUAUUUCUCUUUUGUUACUAAGAUAUUAAGAGUAUCAAAGCACAUCUGAUACAGGUACAAGUUCUUAUCUAAGGAGAGUAUCGACUCAUUAACCAUCUGAAAGCUAGGCCUCCUUAGUGCUGCAGAUGACAUGAAACAAGGAAGAAAUGUUGAUUUACAUUCACAUGUGAGAUAUACUCCUACAGACAUAUCUUUGAAGUGAUGAUAGGGGCAAAAAAAUUUAAAGCAACAGCCUUCCAAAAGUGUGAGACAUGAAUGUAAAUAUUUUAGCCAGUCAAAUGGAGCUCAGACCCAGUUUCAUAGCAGUGUGGAAAAUAUCAACCCUAACUGCUAUUAUAGAAUCAUAGAAUCAGAGAAUGGCCUGGAUUGAAAAGGACCACAAUGAUCAUCAAGUUUCAACCCC